AGGAAGUGCAGAUGCUGAAAGCCUUGAUCCUUGGGGAAGAGGAGAGAGGACAAAGCCAGUAUCAAGUAAUGUGCUUCAUCUUUCACUUUCCCAAAGAUUCAUUUAUCUCUUCAGAUGCCAUGUCUAAGCUGAGGCAGAAAAAUCCUAGUACAAUAAGGACUCCAGAAGAGGACUUAGGCAGAGCAAAUCAUACAAUGGAGUAUAUGGUGCUUCUAAAACACGCUGGAAUCAUCUCUCCGCAUAUAGUGGACCUUUGUGCUGAAGCCGGUCCUUACACCUAUACACUACAUGAAGAUGUCGUCAAAUGGGCUGCAGCACAAGGUAUCCCAGUGACGUCAUACAAGCCGGCAUUGCGACGGUUUCCCACAUCUCCAGACUACUUCCCUUCGAAUGAGGUAGACAGUGAAGAAACGCCUACGAUGAAAUGCUCGCAGACGAAAAACAUGUGGGCGACGUGUCAGUGCCAUUUAGAACUUUGCAUCGGCUGGUAUCCGUGCGGCCUAAAAUACUGCAAAGGGAAGAGCCAAACGAAAAACUCGGCAAUGAGCUACAGAUGUGGCAUCAAAACUUGUCGAAAGUGUCAUCUAUUUGCGUACUACGUGUCACAAAAGCAACAAUGUCUUUGGGAUGAAGACACUUAGUAAAUUAAAGAACUGACAAGAAUGAGAAUAUAUUAGGUUGUUGCAUAAAUAUAGGUCAGUCGGAGUCACAGCAAAGUACUUUGGAAUCAGGUUGAAAUGAAUAAAAUGUCAAACAUUAAGCAUAACAGUGCGUGAAAUAUGUUGCGUGUCAAGUGUUGAAAUGUUGCGGAACAGAUGUCGAGGACAAAAAUGUUCAUUGAUAUUAGCAGUAGGAUAUUCUCCAAAAUAUGCGCCAAGCGCAUUGGUUCAGUCUCUACUCAUUGGUGUUGGCCAAGUUGGCCCCAAGAUGUAGGUGUGACGUAAGAUUGGGUCAGUUUUUCGAACUACUCUAUAUUGCGGCACUUCAAAAAAGAUACCAAAAGGAAUCAAGAAGAAAUUCUGAUCCAAGAAAGGCAAUGGAAGUGUUGUGAGUACAAAAAAUUUUGAUUUCUGUUAUUAUGGUUUUUUGAUGUAUCAUAAUGAGAAAAUCUGCCACUCGCUCCCGUUUGUUGGUCUGUUGGCGUUUUUAUAACCUCAGUCAUGACUGCUGCAUCUAUUUUGAUUAAUAUUGAACAAGAGUGCACUGUGUUGUUAUAGUAUUCAUUUAGCGAAUCAUAUGUUUUUGUUCAAUUGGCAAAGGCAUUCCACUCUAUUACUCAUGAAUCGCUUUUAACAACUUUAAAAAAAUUAGGUUUCCCUGGCAUAACAUACAAACUUAUUAAAAAUUAUUUGUCAGAUCGAACACAGUAUUAGGACCCAUUUUAUUUAAUCUAUGUAUCAACGAUUUGUUCAGAAAAGUUGGGCAGGUACAGUUAUCAGUUUUGCGGAUGAUACAGCUAUUCUCUAUGGAAGUGAAAAGUGGCAUACACUAAAAACCAAAAUCGAAAAUGAUUUCAAAACGUUUAUAAAUUUCUUUUCGGAAAGAACUAUGAGAAUUAAUUACAACAAAACAUUUUCUUGUAGCGAUAGACUCUUACCACAAUUUAAAAAACUUGAAUUUGAUACAAGCAGCCGAUAAAGUAAGAUUCUGGACAAACAGUUAAAAUGGAAUGUCUUUGUGAAGUGACUGAGAUGUAUUAUUCUAAAAUUCAGGUACUUCAGAGAUAUUCUGGAUAAGAAGUAUCUAUAUAAUCUUUAUUAUGCUCUUGUUUAUCGUCUAUUACUUUACGGAACGGCUUGGGGAGGUGGACCUAUUACAAAUUUAUUUUUAUUGAGGUCCAAAACAUUAUAUUAAACAUUCUUUACUUGAAUUGCACAACUCAUAAAUACCGAACAAGAUUCAACCAAAUUUCAAUGUGUAUUCCACACAACAUCAAAAACCAUUACACAAAGAUCUCUGUUUUUCUUGGGACCAAAAUACUAUAACUUUAUAACUGAAUCAUUAACAGCAACGAAAUCAAUUAGAUCAUUUAAAAAAGAACUCAAAAAUGGUUCUGCAACAACCAAGAUGCUCCAUUCACGACAUUGUAGAUAUGAAACAUCAUUAUCAUAAUCAAUAAUAUUUUACUUACACUAAUAUCCAUACUUUUGCUUUAGCUAAAAUUGUUGGAUAUUUUUCAUAGUUCAAUUCAUCAAUUUAUAUAUUUUCGAUUUUCUAACCCUAACUGUACUUUUAGUUUUUAUUUUUAAUAAACCCCAACACAAGUUCAAACUUUGUUAUUAUUAUUAUUAUUCACAAUAUUUAAUAUUUACCUGUAUUUUAUGACAGUAAACAUUAUUAUUUUGUUUGUUUUUUUGUUUGAAAAUCGUACACUGACGGCGGAGUAUAAGCAAAGACAAAACAGAUUCGGAUCGAUAUUUUUUGUAUGUUUUACAUUUUUUUUAACUAUUUGUGGGCGUCUUUUAGUGGGGUCAAGCUGUUGAUGUUUUGAGCAUUGAAACGUUUUAUUAGAGACUCAAAAUUUGUAAACUUGUCAGAGUUCGUUUUUGAGUUACAUAGUAUCUGUGCACCGAGGAAUUUAAAUUUGCUUGUAUGGAAAAUGGAAUAAUAUUCACACAUGGUCAGAUUGCGUUCACUUUGAUGAACCGCAUGACAUACUACUCAACCAGUGUGACAAAUCCUUUAAUGAAUAAACUGGACACCACUCAGUUCUCGAUUUCCAACUACAUAAAUUGUGACAUAGAUCAUAUAUACGCCAGCGUAUACGUUGGUGUAUAACUAGAUCAUUAGAUUUGCAGAUUGCACGUUCUCCUAAUUGCAGAUAUUAUCUCGGAUGCAUUUACGCGUAAAAUGAACUGCAACUAGUGAGGCUAUUUCCUUUAGUAAUUAAUUUGCCAAGAAGCUCUGUGCCAUACGUUUGUGCAGGUGACUAGUUAAUCAAUGUUUCAUCGGCACCACCCAUGACUUAAAAUGAGAUUAAGCUCAUAGCUCAUUCAACAGAAUCUUCUUCUAUUAGUUUUAAAUCGCUUCCUUUUAAGAAAUCGUGUGUCAAUAGAAGUUUGAACAUGUCACAUAGAUUUAAAGAUACCAUUUUGAUAAGAGAAAGCUUUUGUAGCCUCUCUCAUGCAACGAAGCUCGACAUUAUAUGAGAUUCUUCAAUAAUAUGACAUAUUUCGCUUCACAUUAUACUGCGGUAACGCUUGCUAUAGGGAAUGAUUCACCCAGAGGUAAUUUUUAAGAGAGAUAGGUAACAGCAAAAUCUGACCCUACACUUGCCACGCAAGGCUACUAUUAGUUCACAAAGAAUUAUUUUUGGCACAAGUUACACAUCUUAUAAAAAGCUGGCUAUGAUCAUGAUGUAUAACAAAAAAAAUGUAUCGAGUCACUCGCUUAAAAUCAGUUUGUACUCCCCACAUAUUGCCGACCAUCUGGCAACGUUGCUGUGACUUACCUCGGCCCUCUUCCAGUCCAGCAUGUUCGUGAAUUCGGUAUUUUUCCUUCAGCUUACUAAUCUCAGAUAUUCCAGCUGGAUCUAUUUUGGACAUGAUUUUCUUCAAAUUGGUUCCUCUCAUCAAAUAUAUCAUAAUUAGUUUGGCUAUGUCUGUAGUGAAUGUUAUCGUGUUAGGCUCUCUACCAUUUAAAAUAGAUCUCAUGGUGACUGGAUUGAAGCCUUGGUAAGAAAUCCGUUCCAUAAAUUCUUCGCCUAGAGACUCAAAUGCAUUGGCUAUGUCGCUGGUGUCAACUGAUUUAGAAUCCAUUCUCUUUGAUGCAGAUGCUAGAUUGUCUUCAGUUUUCCUCUUCAAACCUUUGCUCAUUGCUUUAACAGUCCUUCUUUUAAAGGUUUAUGCAACAAGGUUUAAUGGAUUAGUUAGCGGUAAGAUUCAAAUUUGUAUUUUUCGGCCGUCUUUGUGUCGGAAAAUGUACUCUCAUCGACCCGUCUUCGAGUUACAAAAAAGUAUAUUCAGAUAAGAGAUAGACCGGACAUAAACAAGACCACGUGAUCAUCGAACGCUGUAACAUUCGGCAGGGACGUAUUAAGAGUCACGCAGUACAUAUUUUAGAUAGUAGAUGCUGCUUUGCGUAACUUUGUAGUAAAUUAGCACAAUUCCAUAUGUAUGCGAUUGGUGAUGGAUAUAGGAUCAUGUGGGGGUGGGGUAAGAAAUAUAUAAUGAUGUAAAUAUACAUAAGGGUUUCAAAAUUUUCGCUUCGAUUUCCAGCUACGGAUGCCGCCUGAUGUUUGGUGAAAUACAGUCGAAUAUAAUCUCAAAAUGGCGUUUAAAUUAGCCUAAAUUAAAA